AUGAUGGUCAGCAUUGUCAAGGAGAGUUUGGGGCUGUCCUGGCGACCCAUCCGGCUCUCUGGGCUGCGCCGCAAUUUUUCCGAUACCGCUGAAUUUCCUGUGAGCCCGGAAUGGACCAAACAGCAGACGCUGUUGCGCAAACAACGUUCGGCCAGACGACCGUACAACGGCCACCAUCUCGCCAAGAGCAGCUUGGGAGACGCCGAUUUGGACGCUUUCGACGGCGAAUGGGGCGACCUCACCGCCGAGGCCAGACAGUACUGGCACGAGAACUCGCGGCCGUUGCAGAAACCGGACUGGAUCGCCAGAUCUGAGCCGGAUACAGAGACAGGCCCUGCGUGGCUCGACAAACUGCUUGCUUCGCACACACCGCUGCAGAACGAGAUCCGCGUGAAGCAGCUGCACGACUAUUUUCAGCAUUUUGACGACGCGUACUUUCAGAACAUAAAGCCCAGCAGAGCCAGCUUCUACCAGCAGGAAAUAGCCGAGUAUGGAAACGCUUUGCGCAGGUACAAACAGCUGGACAUCGACGACUCGCAACUGCAGCAGUUCAGCGAGCGAGCGCUCCUGCUGAACCAGAUCACGGACCACGCGCAAAUCACGGCGGCCAGAGCGGCCCUGCUAAAAGAAAGCAGCACGCACGCUUUGCCUGGCGAAAUACGAGAAAAAAAUGGCCCCAUCGAGGCGGUCCAAAAAUGGUACGAGUCGCUUCCCGCGCCGAAAUGCAGCCACAUCGGCCGCGACGAUUUCGAACUGCUCGCCGCCGCCAUCAACCUGACUCUCGCCCAAGACGUGGCGGAGCUGGCGCCAGAAACACUGCGCUGGAUCCGUCUUUUCUACUCAGAAAUGGUCACCAGCCGCAUCCCGCUCACAGAAAUAGAAACACACAACUGGAUAAGACUCAAGCUGGCAUGUUCCGACGGCAACGUCCUCGAGUUCCUUUCCCUCUACCCAUAUAAAUUACAUGUCUCGCAUUUUAACUUGCUGCUUCCAAACGUGGACCCGCAAACUCUUCUGGUGCAAAUGAACAAGGCAAAGAUCGCCCCGGACAGAACCACGGUGGUCCAUCUCCUGGACCACUACGGCAACACGGGCAGCCUCAACAGCGUGCUCAACACCAUAUUUUUCACGAUUCACGACUUACGACUCAACCUGGACUCCCAGCUUAUAGAAUCGUUUAUUGGCGCUCUCAUCAGGGCCGGCGAAUCCAAGCUGGCCCUCUUCAUCCUUGUGCAGACGUGCCAUGUGUACGAAAUCAGCCCGACGCUCGAAUCGCACGACGCUCUUUCCGACACCCAGACCAUCAUUCUGGACUAUCUGGUGUCCAACUUCGUUCAUUUCCACCACGCCACGCUCCAGCAUUCGAUCAAGCCGACGGCUGCCAUGAUCAGGCCGUUCCUUAAAGUGUACGACUCGGCGAGCCGGAAAGACGUUCUGGCCGCGCUUGUCCAGCUGGUGGAUAAGUACGACAUCGAACUAUAG